AUGGCGAGCAAUGACCCGCCUCGUGUUGACAUACCCUACCCUUCAGAUGAAGAUGCAGCCGCUGUUCAGAAAACCUGGCUCUGGGCCAAAACUCAAGCUUCAUAUGUUCAAGAGUCCACCAGGCGAUCCAUUGACGACUUCAACAUCCGUCGCUAUGUUUGGCGGAGGUACAACCCAGGCUGGCACAAUCCUACUAGCCAGGCGGAAUCUGAAUGGCAUCCGAAUGCUCCUGCUGGGUUCGAUGCGAAGAUUCAUCUCGUUCAUGGAGAUAUUCCAGCGACGUCUCAACAACGUCAUCAGAGUCCGCCACCUCGUGCGAGACCUGAAAACUUCGAAUCAACACAAUUGGCUCUUCCAGUAAAGCAGCUCAAAGACUCCGUCGCAGUUGACAUGCAACCGUCGGGAGAGCUGCGUUUUCCACGAGUGCCACCAUCAGAGCCACAUCAUGUGGCAUUCGACCAGUCGUCUUGGCCAUGUUUUCAGCACUUGACUGCUGGACUCGAGAGAUUCUACGAUGAACACGAUGCUGGAGAGGUCCCUUCGGGGCUUGACGCCCAAGCGCAAGAUCCCCCUCAGGUCGACAUGGCUGAGGAUACAAUGGUGGAUCAACAAUCAAGCAAGCUGGAUCAACGGUCUGCCCUUCAAGCCGUUAGAGCGCACGGAACCGCCACCGCCCAGGUCGUCGGUUCAGAAGCCGAUCAAGUUCAACAAGCAUCCUCCUUGCCAUGUCACGAACUACUGAUACCCGCCCUCGGUCAUGAUAAGUUCUCCAGGCGCGAUGAUUCACGAAAAUCGCAACUUGUCGGUCGGCAUGUGGACUCUCUUUCAUCGUUUCCGCUUGAUGGCACGCCCACAGAGAAGCGCAAUUGGUUCGAGGAGCGCCAUGUCCAUGUCCGUUGCACGCCAUGUCAAGUGCGUAACUUGAACUGCGACCACGAUGUUGCUCAUCCAGAUGGCGGGUGCUCGAAUUGCCGCGCCACUGGCGCCGUCUGUGACAUUGUACGACCUCGUGGACGCCACACUGAAGUCAACUGCAAGUACAAGCCCACCUGCUACUACUGGCACGACUACGCCAGAAAUCUGGCUAGGCAACUGGCUCGACAUUUCGGCUAUGACUAUCAUGAGCCUCCGCAACAUCGUUCCCUGGACCAGGUGCCUCCGCAGCAUCCUAAGCAGAGAGAAGACGGUACAUAUCGCCAGAUGAGUCCCUUAGACAUGAUGCCGCAAGGCUUCAUGCUACCCGCAUCGCCGCGGAAUCUCUCUGGAAUCAAGCCGAACACUUUGGCUUGUCCUUGGAUGUACCAGAGGUGGGAUCCUCCGUUCUACCAAGCAAACCAGCGACAAAUUGAGGCCUUCGAUCAGUCUCGUCAAGCUGCUGAACGUGCUGGGGAAGCACCACCACCCGCUGAGGCUACAUCAUUGCCAACGUGUCGCUCCGCAGAAUCUGUGCCUGCUGUACCUCUGGCAAAGCAACACAACGCACUUCCGACCACUGCAGCGCCCUCUGCGCCAAGCCAGCAUAUACCGUCUUACGCAAGGGGUGGUGAACAUGACGGUGCCAGGACGGCUCGCUCAGUCACUGUUCUGCACCAAACUCGCAGUAAUGGCGUCAAUCGUCAACGCGUUUCAAAAGCCCCGAAAGAGGGACCCAAGAUAAGCAAGAAAUUCCUUACUGCGGUUAACCGGUACAUCAGAGGUUGA